GUCCUUCAUGUUUGAAACUUUUUGUGAAGAGGAGUCGGGUUACAACAGGGAGAGAAGAAAACACUCAAAUAUUUACACAACAGUACAUACAUUUACAUUAAGUCAACUGAGAAGAGCCUUUUCUCGAGGAAAGACGAAGGUCCGAUUCAUGGAGCUGUACAUGGAUUUGCUAUGGAUUGCCAUAAUGAAGACUCGAGAUUUUGCUUAGAUUAAAUUGUCAAGUUGUAGCACUGUACUCCGCGGUCUCUUUACUCACACCCCGCAUCCGGUUUGAUUUGAACGAAAGACGUCAUCAUGGACUCCUUCAGUACUAAGACCCUGGCCCUUCAGGCCCAGAAGAAGCUGAUGAGCAAGAUGGCCACCAAGAGUGUGGCCAACCUCUUCAUUGAUGACACCAGCAGCGAGGUGCUGGACGAGCUCUACCGCGUCACCAAGGAGUACACACGCAACCGCAAGGAGGCCCAGAAGAUCAUCAAGGACCUCAUCAAGAUGGUGGUGAAGCUGGGCAUCCUCUACCGCAACAACCAGUUCAACGGGGAGGAACUGGUGCUGGUCGAGGGCUUCAGGAAGAAGGUCCACACACUGGCCAUGACGGCCGUCAGCUUCCACCAGAUCGAAUUCACAUUCGACCGGCGUGUGAUGAGCGCCAUCCUGAACGAGUGCCGGGAGCUGCUGCACCAGGCAAUCAACCGCCACCUGACAGCCAAGAGCCACUCGCGGGUCAACCACGUGUUCAACCACUUCGCCGACUGUGACUUCCUGGCGGCUCUCUACGGCCCCUCCGAGGUGUACCGCAGCCACCUGCAGAGGAUCUGCGACGGUGUCAACAAGAUGCUGGACGAGGGCAACCUUUGACCCCC